AUGAAGAAAAGUCUGCUCGUCAUCUCCGCCGUCGGCGCCAUGUGCCUGGGUCUGUCGCAACAAGCGAUGGCCCGUGACUUCGGUGCCAUCUACCAGCAAUGCGGCCUGGGCGGCGCGAUGAACCCCGACUCGCCCGGCUGGGCGGUCAGCACCAACAUCACCUGGGACUGGGGCACGACCGCCAUCAUGUCCGACGUGUCCUCGCCCGAGAGCUGCAAGGGCGGCAGCGCCAAGAAGGCGGCCUACAUCCACGAGGCCUACCCGAAGCUGGCCCAGGACCUGUCGCGCGGUGAAGGCAAGCACCUGACCGCCCUGAUGACGCUGGCCGGCUGCUCCGCCGACACGCAAAAGACCGUCGCCACCGGCCUGCGCGCCGACCUCGCCCAGCUCUACGCGCUGCUCUACCCGGAAAUCAAGCGCGUCGCCCGCAUCCGACUCGCGCAAAGCGGCCACGCGGCGGGCUUGAACACGACCGCCCUCGUGCACGAGGGCUUCCUGCGCAUGGCCGACCAGCAGGGCCUCCAAGGCGAGACCCGCGGCCAGUUCUUCGCCUAUGUCGGCCGCGUGCUGCGUUCGGUCGUCAUCGACCACCUGCGCGGCGAAGGCCGUGACAAGCGCGGUGGCGAUGCGGUCCUGGUGACGCUGUCCGCCGCGACCGACGUGGCCUCGGCGGGCAGCGCGGCGGUCGACAUGAUCGGCCUGGACCGCGCGCUCAACCGCAUGCAAGCGCUGGACCGCGGGCUGUACGAGCUCAUCGAGAUGGUGGCCUUCGCGGGCCUCACGAUCGCCGAG